AUGGCAAAAAUCCUCCAAGCUGUCAGCGUUGUGAAAUCUUUGAGACAAGGAUGCGUGUUAGGCAGAAAAGUGGGGAACGCGGGCUGCCUGAGACUUCACACCGCAAAACUUCUUAGUGUCAAGGCCCAGACAGCCCACCUGGUCUUGGAGGAUGGCACCAGGAUGAAAGGGAUUUCUUUUGGGCAUGAUGCCUCUGUAGCUGGAGAGCUGGUCUUCAAUACUGGUCUUGUGGGGUAUCCCGAGGCCCUGACCGACCCAAGUUAUAGAGGUCAAAUACUGACGCUGACAUAUCCAAUUGUAGGGAACUAUGGUGUUCCAAAUACAGAGGAACUGGAUGAGCUAGGCCUGAGAAAACAUGUAGAGUCAGAACGCAUUCAGGUAUCUGGUCUACUGGUUCAAGACUACAGCCACGAGUACAGCCACUGGAACUCUGUCAAGUCUCUGGGUCAAUGGCUGCAAGAAGAGAAGGUUCCUGCACUGUUUGGGAUAGACACGAGGAUGCUGACCAAAGUCAUCAGAGAUAAGGGAACAGUUUUGGGGAAGAUUGAAUUUGAUGGUCAGCCUGUUGACAUAAUUGACCCCAAUCAGAAAAACUUAGUAGCAGAAGUUUCAACCAAGGAAGUCAGAGUUUUUGGAAAAGGCAACCCAAUUAAAGUGGUAGCUGUCGACUGUGGCAUUAAACAUAACAUAAUUCGACUGCUGGUUAAGCGAGGUGCAGAAGUCCACCUAGUGCCGUGGGACCAGGACUUGCUUAGUCUAGACUAUGAUGGCCUGUUCAUAUCUAAUGGACCAGGAGAUCCAUCUCUGGCCAAGACACUCAUCAAUAAUGUGCACAAGGUGCUGGAGAGCGAUCGUCCCCAGCCAGUAUUUGGGAUCUGUAUGGGCAAUCAGAUCACUGCCCUGGCUGCAGGAGCCAAGUCAUACAAACUACCUAUGGGCAACAGAGGCCAGAACCAGCCGGUGUUGAAUGUGAUGACAGGCCAGGCAUUCAUUACCGCACAGAACCACGGUUAUGGCAUAGACAGCGAGUCCCUGCCCCCAGGGUGGGGGCCGCUUUUCAUCAACGCAAAUGAUGGCACCAAUGAGGGGAUCAUGCACAGCACUAAACCUGUUUUCACAGCCCAGUUUCACCCUGAGGCUAAGGGCGGUCCCACGGACACAGAGUUUCUCUUUGAUGUCUUUUUGUCCCUGAUCAAAAAAGGAAAGAAUAUCAGCAUAGCGUCAGUCAUGCCCAUAAAGCCCAGCAUCCCUCCCAGGGCCCAGGUUUCAAAGGUGCUUGUACUGGGUUCUGGUGGUCUCUCUAUUGGACAGGCUGGUGAGUUUGACUACUCUGGAUCUCAAGCCGUCAAGGCCAUGAAGGAGGAAAACCUGAAGACGGUGCUCAUGAAUCCAAACAUAGCCUCCGUUCAGACCAAUGAAGUGGGCUCCAAGCAGGCUGACUCAGUCUACUUCCUGCCUGUCACGCCAGAAUUUGUAACUGAGGUCAUCAAGACCGAGCGUCCAGACGGCAUCCUGCUCUCGAUGGGUGGACAAACUGCACUCAACUGUGGGGUAGAAUUAUUCCAGCGUGGGAUCUUGGACCAGUAUGGGGUGAAAGUCCUUGGAACCCCUGUGGAGUCCAUAAUGGCAACAGAGGACAGGCAGCUUUUUGCUGACAAGCUAAUGGAGAUCAAUGAGAAAAUUGCACCUAGUAUUGCUGUUGAGUCGGUGUCUGAUGCAUUACGAGCAGCAGAGCAGAUAGGCUACCCGGUGAUGUUGCGAUCGGCCUAUGCUCUGGGGGGUCUGGGCUCUGGUCUGUGUGCCAAUAAAGAAAAGCUGGAGGAAACUGCCCAGAAGGCUCUGGCCAUGAGCAAUCAAAUCCUCGUGGAAAAGUCUUUGCUUGGCUGGAAAGAGGUGGAAUACGAGGUGGUACGAGACGUUGCUGAUAACUGUGUCACCGUCUGCAACAUGGAGAACUUCGAUCCACUGGGCAUCCACACAGGUGACUCCAUUGUGGUGGCACCAAGCCAGACAUUAUCCAAUGAGGAGUACCAUAUGCUCCGUGAAACUGCCAUCAAGGUGGUACGUCACCUUGGCAUUGUUGGCGAAUGCAACAUCCAGUAUGCCUUACACCCAUCUUCUUUGGAGUACUGCAUUAUUGAGGUGAAUGCACGGCUAUCGAGAAGCUCAGCUCUGGCAUCCAAAGCAACUGGUUACCCCUUGGCAUUUGUGGCUGCUAAGCUGGCUCUGGGAAUCCCCCUGCCUGAGAUCAGGAAUGCUGUAUCAGAGAAGACCACAGCCUGCUUUGAGCCCAGUUUAGACUACAUCGUCACCAAGAUUCCUCGCUGGGACCUCGACCGCUUUCACGGCAUGUCUCGUGAAAUAGGCAGUGCCAUGAAGAGUGUAGGAGAGGUGAUGGCAAUAGGCCGUACGUUUGAGGAGAGUAUGCAGAAGGCCUUAAGGAUGUGUCAUCCAUCAGUAGAUGGCUUUGUGCCCCGGCUGCCACUCAAGAAGCCGUGGUCCAACACCCACGAUCUAGAACAGGAGCUGGCUGUGCCCUCCAGCACCCGCAUCUUCUCCCUCGCCAAGGCCCUCUACAGUGGCAUGAUGAGUGUUGAUCAGAUCCACCAGCUGACAGCCAUAGAUAAGUGGUUCCUCCACAAACUUCAUGGAAUAACAAAAGUGGAGCAACAUCUUGCAAACUACAACAGUGGCACAGUCCCCAAGGGGAUGUUGCUAAAGGCCAAGCAGGACGGCUUCUCAGACCGGCAGGUUGGUCAGAUUCUAGGCUGCAAUGAGGGAGUAGCAAGAGAGCUGAGGCUCAAUUAUGGCAUCAGACCUUGGGUCAAACAGAUUGACACUUUGGCAGCAGAGUACCCAGCAAUGACCAACUACCUGUAUUGUACUUACCACGGUCAGGAGCAUGAUCUGGACUUUAAAGACCAGGGAAUUAUGGUUCUUGGUUGUGGACCCUACCACAUAGGCAGCAGUGUUGAGUUUGACUGGUGUGCGGUGUCCAGCAUCAGAGCCUUGAGACAAAUGGGCAAGAAGACGGUUGUAGUAAACCACAACCCAGAGACGGUCAGCACAGACUUCGAUGAGUGUGAUCGCCUUUACUUUGAAGAGCUGACCCUGGAACGCAUUCUGGAUAUCACCCAGCAGGAGGGUUGCUCUGGCUGCAUCGUAUCAGUGGGAGGUCAGAUUCCUAACAACUUAGCCGUCCCCUUGCACAUGAGUGGGGUGAGGAUUCUCGGGACGAGCCCCCUGCAGAUCGACCGAGCUGAAGAGCGCUCUGUCUUCUCCAGUAUCCUGGAUGACCUCGAGGUUGCCCAAGCCCCAUGGAGGGCCCUGAGCUCCCUGGAAGACGCGUUUGCCUUCGCUAACCAGGUGGGGUACCCCUGUCUGCUGAGGCCCUCCUAUGUUCUGAGUGGCUCUGCUAUGAACGUUGUGUACGGUGAAGAGGAGAUGAAACGCUUCUUGGAAGAGGCUGCACACGUGUCCCAGGAGCAUCCAGUUGUCAUCACCAAAUUCAUACGUGGUGCCAGGGAGGUGGAGGUAGAUGCUGUGGCCAAGAAUGGCAAGGUUUUGGUUCAUGCCAUAACAGAGCAUGUGGAAGAUGCCGGGGUGCACUCUGGAGAUGCUACCCUAAUGCUGCCAACCCAGACCAUUAGCCAAGGGGCACAGGAAAAGGUUAAAAUUGCCACCCGAAAAAUCGCGCACGCAUUUGAAAUUUCUGGGCCAUUUAACACUCAAUUUCUGGUUAAAGGCAAUGAUGUCAUGGUGAUCGAAUGCAAUCUGCGGGCAUCACGCUCCUUCCCUUUUGUAUCCAAAACAAUUGGUGUCGACUUUAUCAACGUGGCAACCAAAGUGAUGGUGGGAGAGCCUUUGGAUGAGGCCAGCCUUCCCUCGCUUGAGAAACCCAUCAUUCCUGUGGACUACGUCGGAAUCAAAGCACCCAUGUUCUCCUGGCCACGACUAAGAGAUGCAGAUCCUGUGCUUCGCUGUGAGAUGGCUUCCACUGGAGAGGUAGCUUGUUUUGGACCAAACAUUUACUCUGCCUUCCUAAAAGCUAUGCUGUCCACAGGCUUUAAGUUGCCUCAGAAGGGCAUCCUGAUUGGGAUUCAGCAUUCGUUCCGACCCAGUUUCCUGGCUACAGCAAACCAGCUGAAAGAGGAAGGCUUCAAGCUCUAUGCUACUGAAGCCACUUCUGCUUGGUUGUGUGCCAAUGACGUUCCUGCCAUUCCAGUUGCCUGGCCCACUGGGAUGGGCGGAGACAACAGCUUGCCCAGUAUUAAGAGACUGAUCAGUGAGGGUCAUAUUGACCUGGUGGUCAACUUACCCAAUAACAAUACUCGCCACGUGAAGGAUAACUUUCUCAUCCGUAGAAUGGCCAUUGACCAUGGAGUUCCACUCAUUACCAAUUUUCAGGUGGUAAAGCUAUUUGCUGAGGCUAUCCGCUAUGCAGCUCAGCUGGACACUACAAGUCUAUUUCACUACCGGCAGAAAGAAAGCCAACAAAGAGGGUCUAGCCAGCAGGGUUAGAAUUUCCUCCCCAGUCCUGUUGCCAAACAGCAAUAUUAAGUGAGAGCAAUAUUUUGUACUAUUUUCUUAUAACACUUGGAGCCAAGCUUUCCACAUUAAUGGGGAAAUAAGCCCAUUUUAAA